CUUCCGCCGAAUGACGUCUUUCUGUAGCACUCGCGAGCUGCGUCUGUUUUGUUCGAGUUGUUUCGGUUGCAGCACGUUACGAUGUCCUUACGGAGCUCAGGGACAACAUGUGCGGUUCAUGGCUGUACACACAACCGGGUCAAGCUGAACCUGUGGCUUAAGCAAGAGUGUUGCGUGCACAGACCAAAAACUAAGGCGGACUGCUCCUGUCAGCGCUGGUACAGUUUUCAUCGCCUCCCAAAGGAAGAUGAAGCUAAACGAGCAUGGUUAACAAACCUGAACUUAAAGAAGCCUCCCAAAACGCUUUAUGUGUGCUCGUUUCAUUUUGUGGAUAAAAAGCCGACGCAGGACAACCCAUACCCCACGCUGUUUCUUGGUUACGAGAGGCCACCAGAGAAGAGGCGCCGAGUCACGAGGAGGGAAGACGAAUGUUUCUUAACAGGUAUUGUGGAAAAUCAAAAUAAGAUGUUCAUCAUGAGAGAGCAGGUGGAUGUGAUCUGCUGUAAAUCAGUAGGAACUGAUCUGUCCAUGCUGGAUAUUGAUGAUUUCAUCACAGAAAUCUCUCAGCUGAAGAAUGAGGUGACGUCACUGAAAACAAAGCUGAAGGAGACAGAAUUUGUUUCACCCUCUGCCUGUUUUGAGCGAGUUAAAGUUGAGAUUGAGCUGGAAAAGGUUUCCUGUCAAUCUUCAGUGUGUGUGACUGAUGGGACCUCCACAGAAUGUCAGGAUUCAGUGUGGAGCGACAGAGAUCAGUCCACACCACAGCGGCUGCUGGACAAACUCUCUGAACAGAGAUCCAGAGACACACAGGACUCACAGCUCACUUUACUCUGUUCUACUGAUGCUCAGGAGAGUGUGUGUGACAGUAAUCAGGGUGAUCAAACCUCCACAGAGUCUCUGACUUCUGUCUGUAACGCUGGAGAACAGCAGAUGCUGCAGACACCAGUGAAGAUUGAAGUGAAGCAGGAGGAGAUAAAAGAAGAAAACGCAGCAGAGCAACAACAGAGAGAUGAAGAUGAUGAUGAACAGCAGAUGCUGCAGACACCAGUGAAGAUUGAAGUGAUGCAAGAGGACAUAAAAGAAGAAAACACCACAGAGGAAGAACAGAGUGAUGAAGAUGAUUUUUUUCCUCCAGGUACUGUGGAGAAUCAAACUAAGAUGUACAUCAUGAGAGAGCAGGUGGAUGUGAUCUGCUGUAAAUCAGUAGGAACUGAUCUGUCCAUGCUGGAUAUUGAUGAUUUCAUCACAGAAAUCUCUCAGCUGAAGAAAGAGGUGACGUCACUGAAGACUAAACUGAUGGAGAGAGAAUUUGUUUCACCUUCCACCUGUUUUGAGCGAGUUAAAGUUGAGACUGAGCUGGAAAAGGUUUCCUGUCAAUCUUCAGUGUGUGUGACUGAUGGGACCUCCACAGAAUGUCAGGAUUCAGUGUGGAGCGGCAGAGAUCAGUCCACACCACAGCGGCUGCUGGACAAACUCUCUGAACAGAGAUCCAGAGACACACAGGACUCACAGCUCACUUUACUCUGUUCUACUGAUGCUCAGAAGUGUGUGUGUGACAAUAAUCAGGGUGAUCAAACCUCCACAGUGUCUCUGACUUCUGUCUGUAACACUGGAGAACAGCAGAUGCUGCAGACACCAAUGAAGAUUGAAGUGAAGCAGGAGGAGAUAAAAGAAGAAAACACAACAGAGGAACAACAGAGUGAUGAAGAUGAUGAUGAACAGCAGAUACUGCAGACACCAGUGAAGAUUGAAGUAAAGCAGGAGCAGAUAGAAGAAAACACAGCAGAGGAAGAACGGAGUGAUGAAGAUGACAAUGAACAGCUGAUGCUGCAGACACCAGUGAAGAUGUGUUCAGUGAAGUUGCUGGACUGCAGGAACCUGAUGAAGAUGAGAGUGAAGACUGAAGUGAAGCAGGAGAAGAUAAAAGAAGAAAACACAGCAGAGGAACAAAAGAACGAAGAUGAUGAUUUUAUUCCUUCAGUGUGUGUGACUGAUGGGACCUCCACAGAAUGUCAGGAUUCAGUGUGGAGCGGCAGAGAUCAGUCCACACCACAGCGGCUGCUGGACAAACUCUCUGAACAGAGAUCCAGAGACACACAGGACUCACAGCUCACUUUACUCUGGUCUACUGAUGCUCAGGAGAGUGUGUGUGACAGUAAUCAGGGUGAUCAAACCUCCACAGAGUCUCUGACUUCUGUCUGUAACGCUGGAGAACAGCAGAUGCUGCAGACACCAGUGAAGAUUGAAGUGAAGCAGGAGGAGAUAAAAGAAGAAAUCACAGCAGAGGAACAACAGAGUGAUGAAGAUGAUGAUGAACAGCAGAUGCUGCAGACACCAGUGAAGACUGAAGUGAAGCAGGAGGAGAUAAAAGAAGAAAUCACAGCAGAGGAACAACAGAGAGAUGAUGAUGAUUAUUUUAUUCCAUCAGAAUGUCACGAUUCAGUGUGGAGCAGAAGAAAUCAGUCCACACCACAGCAGCUGCUGGACAAACUCUCUGAACAGAGAUCCAGAGACACACAGGACUCACAGCUCACUUUACUUUGUUCUGCUGAUGCUCAGGAGAGUGUGUGUGAUGGUAAUCAGGGUGUUCAAACCUCCACAGAGUCUCUGGCUUCUGUCUGUAAUGCUGGAGAUCAGCAGAUGCUGCAGACACCAAUGAAGAUUGAAGUAAAGCAGGAGAUAAAAGAAGAAAACACAUCAGAGGAACAACAGAGUGGUGAUGAUGAUGAACAGCAGAUGCUGCAGACACCAGUGAAGAUUGAAGUGAAACAGGAGGAGAUAAAAGAAGAAAACACAGCAGAGCAACAACAGAGAGAUGAUGAUGAUGAUUAUGAUGAUUUUAUUUCUUCAGAGCUGAUGGAAGUACAAGAGGAAAGUCAAGAACUGAAUGAAGUGGAGGAGAAACUUCAGGAUCAGAAACAUGAUUUCACAACUGGAGAAAAAUCUCUGAGUGGCUCAAAGACUGAGAAGAAUUGCUCACCACAUAAAAGCCAGCCUAAUAUACACAUGAGAAUUCAUACAGGAGAGAGACCUUGCACGUGCCAUCAGUGUGAAAAAGGUUUUGCAUAUUCAGGCCACUUCAAAGAUCAUCUCCUCUUGCACUCUGGAGAAAGACCAUUUGAAUUUGAUAAGUGUGGUAAAACAUUUGUUUUGAAUUCAGUCCUAAAACAACAUGAAACUGCACACAACAUGAAACUGCACACAAAUGAGAAGCCUUCAAAGUGUUCUUUUUGUGGAAAGAGUUUUGCACUCCUUUCCUGUUUGAAAGAGCACCAGAAAAUACAUACCGGCAUGAGAGCUCAUAUGUGCUUUGAAUGUGGGAAGACCUUUAUUAAAUCCAGCGACUUGAAAAACCACCACAGAAUGCAUACUGGAGAAAAACCCUACAAGUGCUCACAUUGUGAAAAGACUUUCACCCGGACAGAAAACUUGAAAGCACACAAGAGAAUCCAUACUGGAGAAAAACCUUACAAGUGCUCACACUGUGAAAAGAGUUUCAAUCAGUCAAAAAACCUAAAAACACAUAAGAGAAUCCAUGCUGGAGAGAAACCUUACAAGUGCUCGCACUGUGAAAAGAGAUUCACUCAGUCACAAAACCUAAAAAAACACGAGAGAAUCCAUACUGAAGAGAAGCCAUACAAGUGCUCACACUGUGGAAAGAGUUUCAGUGGGUCAAACAACCUGAAAGCACAUGAGAGAGUUCAUACUGGAGAAAAACCAUACAAGUGCUCACACUGUGGAAAGACUUUUACUCUUUUACACAACCUGAAAACACAUGAGAGAAUUCAUAGUGGAGAAAAACCUUACAUCUGCUCACACUGUGGAAAGACUUUCACUUUGAUGCAACAAAUGAAAAAACAUGAGAGAAUCCAUACUGGAGUGAAACCUUACAAGUGCUCACACUGUGGAAAGAGUUUCGCUCAGUCAUACAACCUGAAAAAUCACGAGAGAAUUCAUACUGGAGAGAAACCUUACAAGUGCUCACAGUGUGGAAAGACUUUCACUUCAGUACACCACUUGAAAAUUCAUGAGAGAAUCCAUACUGGAGUGAAACCUUACAAGUGCUCACAUUGUGGAAAGAGUUUCGCUGAAUCAUUUAAUCUGAAAAAGCAUGAGAGAAUCCAUACUGGAGAGAAACCUUACAAGUGCUCAUACUGUGAGAAGAGUUUCACUCAGUCAGAAAACUUGAAAACACACAAGAGAAUUCAUUCUGGAGAAAAACCUUACAAGUGCUCACACUGUGGAAAGACUUUCACUUCGGUACAACACCUGAAAAUACAUGAGAGAAUUCAUACUGGAGAAAAACCAUACAAGUGCUCACUUUGUGGAAAGAGUUUCAGUGCAUCAAAAUACCUGAAAAAACAUGAGAGAAUUCACACUGGAGAGAAGCCUUACAAGUGCCAUCAGUGUGGAAAAUGUUUUGGAGAUAAAGGAAACCUUAAAAAGCACACAACAGUUCACACUGGAGAGAAACCUUACACAUGCCAUCAGUGUGGAAAAGCUUUUAAAAGUAAACAAAAUCUUAAUUACCACACAAGAAUUCACACUGGAGAGAGGCCUUACAUGUGCCAUCAGUGUGGAAAAUGUUUUGGAGGUAAAAGAAACCUUAAAAAUCACACGGCAAUUCACACUGGAGAGAGGCCUUACAUGUGCCAUCAGUGUGGAAAAUGUUUUGGAGAUAAAAGAAAUCUUAAAAAGCACACAGCAAUUCACACUGAAGAGAGGCCUUACACAUGCCAUCAGUGUGGAAAAGCUUUUAAACAAAAAGAACAUCUUAAUUCCCACACCAGAAUUCACACAGGAGAGAAGCCUUACACAUGCCAUCAGUGUGGGAAAGGUUUCGCAGAUGCACACCAUUUCAAGAAGCAUCUCCGCUCUCACUCUGGAGAAAGGCCAUUUGAAUAUAAGUGUGAUAAAACUAUUGUUGUGGAUUCAGCCCAGAAAAAACUUUUGAAAAUGCACACAAGUGAAAAGCCUUACAAGUGUUCUUUUUGUGGAAAGAGUUUUGCAAGCCUCUCCUAUUUGAAAGAACACAAAAAAAGACAUACCUGUUCUGAGGUUCAUAUGUGCUUUGAAUGUGGAAAGACCUUUGUUAGAGCCAGUGACUUGACAGUGCACCAAAGAAUUCAUACUGGAGAAAAACCUUACAAGUGCUCACACUGUGGAAAGAGUUUCCAUCGGUCACAAAACCUGAAAACACAUGAGAGAAUUCAUACUGGAGAGAAACCUUACAAGUGCUCACACUGUGAAAAGAGUUUCAAUUGGUCAAAAUGCCUGAAAAGACAUGAGACAAUCCAUACUGGAGAGAAACUUUACAAGUGCUCACACUGUGAAAAGAGUUUCAAUUGGUCAGAAUGCCUGAAAAGACAUGAGAGAAUCCAUACUGGAGAGAAACCUUACAAGUGCUCACACUGUGAAAAGAGUUUCACUUGGUUAGAAUGCCUGAAAAAACAUGAGAGAAUCCAUACUGGAGAGAAACCAUACCACUGCUCUUCAUGAUGGAAAAGUUUCAGCACAACAAGCAGUCUACUGACUCUUUUGAAAAUAUAUUCCCCAAAAUAAUCACAGAGAGAAGUCCUCCUUUAGGUACAAUGCUUCAAGUCAUUGGUGUGCUCAGAGGUGGGGUAACAGGGUCUUGAGCCCCUACCCCUUUUCAAAUCUGAAGGUGCCCUGCUGGUCAUCCAUUGAAGUGCUUAAAAAUUAUAUAAUUAAAUAAACUAAAUUACAAUCUCUUAGUAAUCUCUCAGUAACAGUAUUGAAUGUAUCAAUGUGAUGAGGUUUCUCUGUACAUCGCGGAAGCAUUGAAGAACAUUAGACAGAGGUGCCUUUAACAGUGUGCGCUACAGUGCAUCCGAUCAUCAGUGGUGUGGCCUCAGAUGAGUAUCAGGCCUGAUAGAAUAUGUACUAUAUAUUGUCCUGCAAGUUCAUCAAAAAAUAAUACUCCAUUGCUAGUGCAUUGACAUUGCACACUUGCUGUAUAGACAGCUUAAGUAAUUAUAAUAUAGCUUUCUGUCUUGAUAGAAAUUCAAUACAUAAACUGAAGGAGCUGUCUGAUUCAGCCAAAAUCAGAUGACUUCUUGUUUAAAGUAAUAAGCUUAUUUGUUAAAUGAUAAAAGCUUAUAACCAGUAAACAACUCUUACAACAAGGAUUAGUGGUGAACUGAUUUAUCAGUUUUGACUAUUAAUGUACUGGAUAUUUGUUUUGGAACUGUUGUUAUCGACAAAAAUAAAACAAUAAUUUACUGUAGGCAGCAUUGGAGAGUUUCCGAGCACCAUGUUUUUAUCUUCACUUUAAAGCAUAUUUUAUCAUUUUUAUUGGAUAAUCAAGUGUUCUAAAUUAAGGUGACGGAAUAAUGCAAUGAAAAAUGUGAAAACAGGGAAAAGUCCCCCAUCAGCACAUACAGGAUCACAUCUCUAACUUAAUUUGUUGAAUAAUAAUGAAUAAUAUGUAGGCUAUAAAAACUUAACACUAAAUGUUUAUUAUUGUUUUUGGACUAAAGCACGAUUAUUAGUACAGGAUGUUAUAAAAAAAAAAAAAAAUGUGAAGCAUAAACAUGGAAAGUUUUUUAACAUUUAUUGAUCAAGUUUAUGUUGAUUUUGAAUGAAGAUGUUCCUAGAGAAAAAGGUCUGUUUUAAAGUUCCUGUGAAGUGCCUUGACAAGUGCAGUUUGCUUUGGUCUCUAUAAUAAUACCAGGUUAAUAAUGAACUUUUUUAUUAUUAAACAUGGCUUUCUGUUUGGUUAGCAUUUGUGUUAUUUAACUGUAAAUUAAUUUGAUAAAUUAUUCUAAUAAAGGAGUUGGC